AUGCCAGGAUGGUACGAUAUUACUUCUUUCUCAGAUCUCAACGCUGUCCACGAUGAAACCGGCAUCUUGAAGUCCCGAACAUACUUGACUGGCCUCGUCGAAUCAGAAAUCAAAGACCACAAGAUCCCAUCAGACAAGAUCAUCAUCGGAGGUUUCUCCCAAGGCGGAGCAAUCUCAAUAUUUACAGGUCUUACAAUCAAACAGAAACUGGCAGGUGUCUAUGGCUUAUCGUGCUACCUAACACUACACGACAAGAUCCCUGAGUACGUCAAGGAAGCAAACAAGGUCAACCAAGAAACUCCAUUCUUCAUUGGUCACGGCGAUGCUGAUCAGGUCGUUCGGUAUGAGUGGGGCGUUGAGACGGCGAGAAUCAUCGAAAAGGACCUGGGACAUAAGGUCGAAUUUCACACUUAUCCGAACUUGCCGCACAGUGCUGCUUUGGAGGAAAUAGAUGACUUGGAGAACUGGAUUACGAAGUGCUUGAGUACAGGAUCUGCAGUCUCAGGAGAGUCGAGUGAUGGUAAGGCGAGUAUGUGA